AUGAGAAAGCGAGUAUUUGCAUUCCGCUAUCGAGCACAUGCUUUCUUCCAUGGCAAACUCCCUUUGGCCCACGUCGCCCCGUAUGCUACAAGGAAAGCCUAUCCAAAAGCUCGAUUUCCAGAAACAUCCGAAGGCAAGUGCAUGGCAAAAGUGCGGGCAAUAAACAGAACCAUGCUCAUCAGUCGUGGGAGCAACCAUUCACGAGUGAUCACAUCCAAAAAGAGCAACGAAAUGACCGUGACACGGCUCAAGGUGUGGUAUGAAAAUAAUGUACAGUCCUUUCCAGUCCUCAUCAUCGUCAUCAAUCUAUGCAAAAAAAAGGAAAAAAGGGGGGGGAAUGAUUGGAUGGUCCACAGACCAAGCCCCAAAUGCGCCAGAAGCAAAAGAGAACCUGAAAAGACUCGAGUGAACACCGAAAAACUCCUUCCCGGGCAAGGGGAGAAAAACAGAAAGCAAAGUGUGUGA